CUCGCGGCCGCGGAACGGGCCGAGUGGUCCCGCGAGUUCGAACCAGUAGCAUCCAAGUGUCCAAGUGACCGAGACCCGAGGAGAGCGACAGCGAGCACCCGGUCGGUGGGUCAGUAGCGGCCCCAGGUGGAGAGCGGGCGCGGACCAGGUCGGCAGGAGAGGCAGAGCUCCAGUGCGGCGAGAUGACGGAGCAGACGGCCACCGCCGUGGCGGUGUCCACCCUGAACAGGACCUCGGGGGAUCCCCUGAGGGACUCAUCUCUCGCUAGGUCGGAGAAGAAGGCGCCCGAAGGCGACGUCCUUGCGUGGAAGUCCAUGACCGUGGGCCAGAAGUGGUCCUUCCUGACGAAGAACAUUACGGUCGAGCCGAUGGUGGCCUGUUACAUAAUGCCCAGCGUGCUCGCCUCGUUGGCCACCCAGAACCUGAAUCUGGAGAAGGCCUGCAGGGUUAACCUGGCCUACCCCGAGGAGGUCUGCGGAGCACUGACCGCCAGGAAUACCACUGGCUUGGAGGCGGAGGAGACCGCGGUGCAGCAGCUGGUCGCCGGAAUGCAGACCUGGAAGACUGCCUUGCAGUCAGGUCUGCCGACCAUCCUGAUCCUCUUCAUGGGCGCCUGGAGCGAUCGGACCGGCCUAAGGAAACCGUGCAUGCUGCUCCCGAUCGUCGGGGAGUUUCUCACGAGUAUAAGCCUCAUCGCCUGCACCUACUGGUUUUACGAGCUGCCCAUGGAGGCCGCCGGGGUCUCCGAGGCCCUUUGGCCGGCCCUCACCGGGGGCUGGUUCACCAUGUUCAUGGCGAUCUUCAGCUACAUCGGCGACAUCACCACCGUCGAGUCCAGGACUCUCAGGAUCGGGGCGGUCAACGUCUUCCUGUCCCUGGGGGUACCCAUCGGCAUGGCUCUGUCCGGGGUGCUGUACCUCAAGAUCGGUUUCUACGGCGUCUUCGCCAUCUCCACCGUGUGCUACAUGCUCAGCUUCAUUUACGGCCUGGUGGUUAUCAAGGAGCCCCCCAGGCCGCCCAAGGGACCCGCCGACAAAAUGGACCAGGUGGACCGGGCCAAGAUGUCCUUCUGCGCCUCCACCCUCGACUUCUUCGCCCUCAGGCACAUCUCCGAGACGUUCCGCGUGGCCUUUAAAAAGGGGGCCAGGAACCGACAGAAGCGGGUCAUCGUGCUCAUGAUCAUCGUCAUGGUCGUCAUCGGGCCUGUUUACGGCGAGAUGGCAGUGAUGUAUCUGUUCGUGAGGUACCGGUUCAAUUGGAACGAAGUGAAGUUCAGCAUGUACUCUACCUACAGCAUGGUGACUAAUCUAAUCGGGACUACAGUGUCUGUGGGAGUGUUCAGCCACAUUUUGAAGAUCGACGAUGCCCUGGUAGGCCUAAUGAGUUGCACGAGCAGGAUUCUCGCAAGUUUCGUCUACGCUUUCGCUACCACCGACUGGAUGAUUUACGUGGCACCCCUAAUUGAGAUCGUGAACGGAACGUCUUUCAUCGCCAUGCGUUCCAUAGCUUCUAAGCUGGUCCCAACGGAUGAACUCGGUAAGGUCAACUCCUUGUUUGGCGUUUGCGAGUCUCUGAUGCCGCUCGUCUACGGACCAAUGUACAGUUCCGUCUAUGGAGCAACAAUGAAUACGUUACCAGGGACCUUUUUCCUUGUUGGCGGGUGCCUUACUAUUCCCGCAGUGAUCUCAUUCUUGUGGUUAUAUACGGAGCACAGGAGGGACCGCGCAUUGGAAGAACGAGAAAUGAGAGAAAAGAGUGGCCUAGAAAAGCUCGAAGACGGCCGGAAGAAAUCAUUGACAAUGACAGGAGUGCCCAGCCGAGAAGAGAAGAAAGAGACCCGGACUGCCAAUGGUUUUGAAAAUUCCGCCUUCGAGUCGGAACGGUUUUGAGAUGCAAUUAGCGCGAAUACGUGAAGGUGUAUCUUUCAGAAGACUAAACAGGUGCAGCUGCGUGUAAAUUCCCGAGAUGGAGACACGCGUUCCUUGCCUGAGAUUGGAGAAAUAUUAAGAUAAUAAACGGGUAGACGUUUAAGUGUAUAAAUAAAUAAAUAAAUAGUGCGAAGGGAGGGAGGUAAUUGAGAUCGAACAUUUGCACAGUUCAGGGGAAAAAGAAGGGGAUUUAAUUUGCGGAUGAGCGACCGAUGGGUUACAUGUUAAGUUGUACAUAAUUUUGUUCAUAAGUUAAGCGAUGAACAGAUUCACCGGCGUAGUCAAAGACUUGAUGCGAAUUUUACGAUUAUGUAUUCACCCUUUGUAGGAAUUACUGAAAAUUUAGCAUCAUAACCGAUAUUCGCAAAAUGUCUGCCAGUAAUCUAAGUACAUUUCAAUGUCGUAAACGCAUUCCUUAUCGGAACAUUUUGCGGAUGAUGUGCACUAUGCGAACCGUAGUAUUGAAUAAAUGGCGACGUAAAAAGAUUUGCAACUCAUUCCGAAGGAGACUAAAGUUGACUAAAUACGUUCAUGAAAUGCUCCGAAUUUAAAUCACGUAUUUCUGUAAGCUUAUGUAUAAGCUUGGUACAUGAAAAUAUUGCAUUACUUGAUUAUUAAUUAUAAUAAUCAUCGGGCUGCUUUAUGAAUCUCAGGAAUAGAAUGAAUUCGUAAUGAUACCGUUAUCACGUUAUAUGCAACUUUGCCAAGGAGGUGUACAUUGUAUGCUGUGUAUUAUAAAGAAUUACCAUAUUUCUUGUAUACCGAGAGCUACAAUUUGAAGGACCAAGCCUUAGGUAUACGUUUUGUAUAAAAUUCUGUACUUAAGUAAAUUAUUUUUGCAGUAAUGGUUAUCGAUCCAGGGUAUCUGGUUAAUCUAUACAGUAUUAGAGAUUACAAUUGUGCUUACAAAUACUUUACGAAGUAGAGUAAUAAUUGCAGAGGAUUUACGGUCAUUGAUAGAGGGUAGAGUAUUACGUCAAUCUAUAUUUGAUAUUUAUUAAUUCAUUCAUUGCUGAUUCUAUUCCGAAAAUGUAAAGAUUAAAAUCUUCUCUCAACUUUAAUAUAUUUGGAAAGAGCGCAAAAAUCUGUUAUCGCUUGUAAUCCCAUUGUCAAAGAAUAGAACGGAAACGUAAUAAUUUAUUAAAUUACUAAAUGUUGCGUAUCUCACAUGACUUAUACCGAUGUUAAUUAAAUAAUGAUUUACGAAA